CCUGCCCCUGUAUCAUUUUUUGGCGCAACUGUAUAUAGUACUAUCAGUAUCAGUUAGUGUUUGAUAAUAUUAAUGUGUUAUGUUAAUGGUUUUAGAUAAAUUAGGAGAUUAGUUGAAGAAAUUCAAUUAGAAGGUACUUAAAAAUUAAUUUUCCUUUUUAUAUAAAAGUAUUUCCACUACAAAUUACCAUUGUUGCUCGUGCUUUUGUCCACGCCUUCAUAAUGCUGAAAUUUAUUAUCUCCAAGAGAACAAGAUGCAAAAUAUGGAGUCACUAACUGAACAUUCAGCUUAUUACCUAUAUGAACCCCCAAGCUGAAGGAAAAACAUUAAAUAAAAAUAUGAAAGUUGUGAGUGCACACAAAUAUGAAACGACAUUUGAGAGUGCACACUGGAGAAACACCUCACAAGUAUGAAAUUUAUUUUAAGCAAUUUGGUCAAGCAGGUUCUUUAAAAAGACAUUUGAGAGUGCAUACAAUAGAAAAACCUCAUAAGUGUGAAAUUUGUUUUAAGCAGUUUAGUAGAGAAGACUAUUUAAAAGAGCAUUUAUUGAGAACACACACUGGAAAAAAACCUCACAAGUGUGAAAUUUGUUUAAAGCAAUUUAGUGAAACGUGUAGUUUAAAAAGACAUUUGAAAGUGCAUACUGGAGAAAAAGCUCAUAAGUGUAAAAUUUGCUUUCAGCAAUUUAGUCAUGCAAGUAGUUUAAAAAGACAUUUGAGAGUGCACACUGGAGAAAAACCUCACAAGUGUGAAAUUUGUUUUAAGCAAUUUAGUGAAACGUGUAGUUUAAAAAGACAUUUGAAAGUGCAUACUGGAGAAAAACUUAACAAGUGUGAAAUUUGUUUAAAGCAAUUUAGUGCAGCGGCUAAUUUAAAAAGACAUUUGAAAGUGCAUACUAGAGAAAAACCUCACAAGUGUGAAAUUUGUUUUAAACAAUUUAGUGAUGCAGGUUCUUUAAAAAGGCAUUUGAGAGUGCACACUGGAGAAAAACCUCACAAGUGUGAAAUUUGUUUUAAGCAAUUUAGUGAAACGUGUAGUUUAAAAAGACAUUUGAAAGUGCAUACUGGAGAAAAACUUAACAAGUGUGAAAUUUGUUUUAAGCAAUUUAGUCUAGCGGGUAAUUUAAAAAGACAUUUGAAAGUGCAUACUAGAGAAAAACCUCACAAGUGUGAAAUUUGUUUUAAGCAAUUUAGUGAAACGUGUAGUUUAAAAAGACAUUUGAAAGUGCAUACUGGAGAAAAACUUAACAAGUGUGAAAUUUGUUUUAAGCAAUUUAGUCUAGCGGGUAAUUUAAAAAGACAUUUGAAAGUGCAUACUAGAGAAAAACCUCACAAGUGUGAAAUUUGUUUUCAGCAAUUUAGUCAUGCAAGUAGUUUAAAAAGACAUUUGAGAGUGCACACUGGAGAAAAACCUCACAGGUGUGAAAUUUGUUUUAAGCAGUUUAUUACAGCAAGAGAUCUGAAACUACAUUUGAGAGUGCACACUGGAGAAAAACCUCACAAGUGUGAAAUUUGUUUUAAAGAAUUUGGUCAAGCCAGUUCUUUAAACAGGCAUUUUAGUGUGCAUACUGGAGAAAAACUUAACAAGUGUGAAAUUUGUUUUAAGCAAUUUAGUGCAGCGGCUAAUUUAAAAAGACAUUUGAAAGUGCAUACUAGAGAAAAACCUCACAAGUGUGAAAUUUGUUUUAAACAAUUUAGUGAUGCAGGUUCUUUAAAAAGACAUUUGAGAGUGCAUACUGGAGAAAAACUUCACAAGUGUGAAAUUUGUUUUAAACAAUUUAGUGAUGCAGGUUCUUUAAAAAGACAUUUGAGAACACACACUGGAGAAAAACCUCACAAGUGUGAAAUUUGUUUUAAGCAGUUUAUUACAGCAGGAGAACUGAAACUACAUUUGAGAGUACAUACUGAAGAAAAACCUCACAAGUGUACAGUUUGUUUAAAGCAGUUUCGUCGAAUAGUUCAAUUAACUGGUCACAUGAAAGUUCACACAGCAGAAAAACCUCACAAGUGUGAAAUUUUUUUUAAGACCUUUUCUCAUUUGCGUUUUUUAAAAGAUCAUUUGCGCAUACACGCUAGAGAAAAACUUUACGAAUGUGAAAUUUGUUUGGAGGAGUUUAGUGAGCCACGUAAUUUGAAAACACAUUUGAAAGUUCACACUAGUGAAAAGCCAUACAAAAAAUGAUUUUUCUUGUAAAAAUAUGUACUUGCACUUAAUAAUUGAUCUUUAUGUUCCUGUUAAAAAGUGUUCAGCAAAGAAAUUUCCGGUGUGAUUUUCUCCAGAUCUUAAAGUUACAAUAAGUCAGAAAAUGAAAGUUCACAAAGAAUAUCUAAGAACUAAAUCCUCCAUUCUCUUUAAUGAGUUUUCUGCAUUAAGGGCUCAAUGUAAACGCUUAAAACAACAAUGUUAUCGUGAUUACAUUGCAUUAACUGAAUCAUCUCUCACCAAUAUUAGAAAUUUGUGGAAAUUUGUUAGUAAUAAAAAUAGCAAAGUCAAUAUAUCAUCAAUUGUAAUCUAUAAUAAUAUCACUGGUUCUAGUGGUACAGAAGUUGUUAAUUUGUUUGCUGAAUACCUUUCAAAAACUUAUAGUGAUAGAGAUUGUGUUUUGUAGGUUUCUGAUGACAUCAAAUUAUCACAAUUUACUAUAUCUCAAUUUGGCAUUUCUAUUUCGUCUAUAUAUGAAAAACUUUCCAUUUUGGAUAGCAACAAGGAGCCAGAUCCAGAUGGUCUUCCACCUUCUUUUCUUAAACACUUAUAAGCUUUUUACUUUCUAGACCUCAUUUUCACAUUUUUAACCCGUCAUUAAAGACAUGGAUGUUCCCAGCCUACUGGAAAACUAACUUUAUUACCCCAAUACUAAAAUCUGGAGAUGUCUCAAGUGAACAGUUAUAGUCCGAUUAGCAUUCUGAGUUGUAUUCCCAAAGUUUUUGAGAGCCUUGUUUGUGACUAUUUGUCAGCAAAAGGCUGUUUUAUCGACCAGCAAUUUGGAUUUCUCUCUAGCCGCUCCACUGAACUUAAUUUAUUGAUAUUUACCGACUUCCUUGUGGAAUCUCUUGAAGGUGGCUUCCAGGUUCAUGCUGUAUACACAGACUUUACAAAGGCGUUUGACCAGGUAAAUCACAAGAUUUUAAUCGAUAAGUUGAGAGGUCUGGGUAUCCAGGGUGAACGUUUAGAAUGGUUGUUAUCCUACCUAUCUGAAAGAAUACAAAUAGUACGUGGUCGGGGUUUUUAAUCGUUUGAAAUUAAGGUACCUUCAGGAGUGCCACAAGAGUCACAUCUGGGACCCCUUAUAUUCAAUAUCUAUGUUAAUGAUAUUGCCUCCUGUUUCCACUUUGCUUUUUUUCUAAUAGACCGGGAGAUAUUAUACAGAAGUUCAGCCACGAUUUUCUCAGUCCUGCCUUUUGCAAUACUGGAAGGGUAGAGGAAGUACUUACAAUCUGUGGCCACAAAUUUCCUGUGACAUUUUCCUGUAAAAACUAGAUUUUCCCAAAAAAUAAAAAUAGGGUUUUGCGAUGAAUUUCUGAGUACUGCCAUAUCCGUAGAAUGACAGGAUACUAUCGAUUUUAUGAAGAAAAUUUUUUGGGCAGGAGGGUUGCAAACGGGCUAACGGAGUAUAUAUGUAUACAAACAUGUAAGGAAAAUAAUGAAAUUUUCAUGAUUUUCUGGGUCCUGCUAACUAAAUAAACUAAACAUAUUUAUUUCAAAAUGAUCAAAAAAAAUAUUGGCAUGACGUCUCCUAAUGUUUAAGUAUACUUGUCGCUUGGAAAAUUCUGCGGAAAAUUUUCACCCUGAUUCCGUGAUUUUCUGAGUCCUGCUUUUAAAAAGAUUUAAUACUCAAAUGCAAUCAAUACUUUUUUGGUACUCGGCAGGAAUGUUAAACGGUUCUAGUAAGACGGCAGGAGUCCUAGAUUUGUAGAGUCGGAAAAAUGAAAGAAUACCCAUGAAGAUCACAUCAAUCACUUAUUUUGUAUUUGCUGUCUUUUUCUAUAAAUAACAAACGUUUGUUAUAGAAAAUAACAGCGAAUACAAAAUAAGUGAUUGAUGUGAUCGUUCAUGGGUAUUCUUUCAUUUUUCCGACUAUAAGAAAAUUCGUGAGAAAUUCCACGAUGUUCUGAGUCAUGCCAUUUUGCAUAUUAUGUUUCAAGAAUCUUAAUAUAAGUCUAUUUACAAAGAGGCAGGAUGGUUUUAUAGUUAUUUCGUAUACAGGGUGGGGCAUUAGUGGGACAAAGGCUAAUUACUCGUUUGUCGUAAGAGAUAAGAAAAAAAGUUAUUUAGGUAAAGCGUGGGGCAAAGCUAGGAUCAUAAUUUAAACAUAUUUUCUAAUAUGCAGGGCUACCCGUAUUGACAGGGCGACACAAACUUAUGUUUUUUUAAAUGGAACACCUUGUAUAUAAUUUUAAGAUUCCUAAGAUCAUUUUAAGACAAUUUAACACACUUCACCUAAUCCAAAAAUGUUUCCUAAGGGAGCUAGUGCUCUUUGAAGAUGGCGCCUUGUAAUAAUUAGUUUUUUUUAUAUCUCCAGAACGCUUCCAUUUCGAUACACAAAAACUGGUCCGCCUUUUUAUCUUCCAGAGAUAAAUAGAUUCCAUCAAUUGCGAAUCUCUAGUACCGGUCAUAGGAGUCCGUUUUGGGUAGGACAACGGUUAUUUUAUCGCAUAGCUUUUUUGUCUUUAACUUUUAAGCAUUUUUGACACUACCUAUAUUAUUAAAUUGUGAGGUAUUCUAGUACUAAAAGAUACUCUUGCUUUAAGUCGGUAGGAUCCACCGUUUUCUAGAAAAAUUAAUUUUAAAAUUUUUCGU